CCCAGCUACGUCGUCGCGCAUCCACCCCAAGCUCUCCUUACGCAAUUGGCCUCGCUGCUCUCUGCUCGCACGCUCUAGUCGCCUUUUCUUUGCUUCUUCCCUCUCUCCCACGCUCUUUUCCUCCCUUCCCCUUCCAUUGCGUGGGCGAUGUCCAGCCUGCUCGCCCGCUGCACCUUUCGAGUAUUGCCUACCCGCACCCAGCCCCUUGGCGCGUCAUUGCUGCAAUCGCACUGGUCCCGACACACCCCUCGCACCGCUGCAAUCAUGGCGCCGCAGAGGAGGAAGCAGAGCGGCCUGCCGGAGGGGUACAAGGAGGACCACAGUAAAGGCGCGAUGCUCCGCUUCGAAGACUCCCUCCCCCAACUCCCCGUGCCGACGCUCGAAGAGACGGCCAAGCGCUACCUCAAAUCCGUCCAUCCCCUCCUCUCCCAAACCGAGUACCAACAGACGGAGAAGGCGGUGCAAGCCUUCCUCGCCCCCGGCAGCUUCGGCCACACCCUGCAGGACCGGCUGGUCAAGCGCAGCCAAGAGCCAGGUGUCAAGAAUUGGCUGGCGGAAUGGUGGGACAGCGCUGCUUAUCUGUCCGUCCGCGAUCCCGUCGUGCCCUUUGUCUCCUACUUCUACAGCCACCGUGAUGAUCGGAAGCGAAGAGAGCCCGCCAAGCGCGCCGCCGCCAUCUCCUACGCCGCGCUGGAAUUCAAAAAGUCCGUGGACGAUGGCUCCCUCGAGCCGGAAUACAUGAAGAAACUCCCCAUCGCCAUGUCCUCCUACGAAUACAUGUUCAACUGCUGCCGGAGACCCGCCAAGGGCACCGACUACCCCGUCAAAUACGAUGCCGCCGAGAAUCAGCACAUCGUGGCAAUCCGCAAGAACGGCUUCUUCCGCAUCCCCACCCACCACAAUGGCCAGCAGCUCAAUGCCGCCGAGCUGGAGGCGCAGUUCGCCAAGGUCUACCAGAACGCCGAAAAGUCGCCCGGCGUCGGCAUCCUCACCACCGAGAACCGCGACCGCUGGGCCGACAUGUACGAGCGACUCGUCAAGAGCAACCCCGCCAACAAGGCGGUCCUCGAAGCCAUCGAAUCCUCCAGCUUCGUCGUGUGCCUCGACGACGCCGCGCCCAUCACCCUCCACGAGCGCGCGCACCAAUACUGGCACGGCGACGGCUCGAACCGAUGGUUCGACAAGCCACUGCAAUUCAUCGUCAACGACAACGCCACCUCGGGCUUCUGCGGCGAGCACAGCAUGAUGGACGGCACGCCCACGCACCGCCUCAACGACACCAUCAUGACGUGGCUCUUCAACGACAAGCUGCCCGACAUCGACAACCCCAACGUCCGCUCCGACAUCCCCGACCCGCACCCGCUGAAAUUCCUCCUCAACGGCGAAAACAUGGCCGACCUCGCCCUCGCCACCACGCACCACGUCGGCCUCAUGUCGCAGCAGGAGCUGCGCGUCGAAGCCUACCAAGGCUACGGCAAGGGCCUGAUGAAGAAGCUCAAGUGCUCCCCAGACGCCUACGUGCAGAUGAUGGUACAGCUAGCGUACAAAAAGUUCUACGGCAAGAACCGGCCCACCUACGAAUCCGCCGCAGUGCGCCGCUUCCAGCUCGGCCGCACGGAAGCCGCGCGCGUCGUGUCGGACGAGAGCGUCGCCUUCUGCGACGCCAUGACGCACCCCCUCUCCUCCAACGAGGAGUGCCGCGAGCUGUUCAUGAAAGCGCUGAAGGCGCAGGGCGAGUACAUUGCCGCUGCGAGCGACGGCAAGGGCGUCGACAGGCACUUGUUCGGGCUGAAGAAGCUCAUCCGCGACGGCGAGCAGACGCCCGACAUCUUCUCCGACCCGGCGUAUACGUACAGCCAGACGUGGUACAUUUCCACUUCGCAGCUCAGCUCCGAGACGUACAAUGGGUAUGGGUGGAGUCAGGUGAUUGAUGAAGGCUGGGGCAUGGCCUACAUGAUCAACGAAAACAGCAUCCAGUUCAACAUCGUCAGCAAGAACCUCGGCUGCGAGCGCAUGGCCUUCUUCGUCAACGAGGCCGCGGGCGACAUCCGCGCCAUGCUCGAGGCGUCGGCCGAGAGCAAGGCCAAGUUGUGAUCGAUCUCCCCCCCUGCCUGGGCGCUUCGCAAUUUUUAUAGAAUUUAUUCCGUGUAUGCUGUAUUACUGCCAUGUUAAGUCUCGAAAAAGGAAGGGAGGGAAGGACGAAACGAAGGGCGUGUCCGAUAUCGAACAUGGGUGGGUGAAAGGAAGGAGAGGAGCAAGCGUAGGAAACAUAGACUCCAACAAGACAAGAGAACGAGAACGAAGAGUCUUAAGACGCAUGCGA